UUGAGUGACAGUUGCCGCAGUGAGGCCCGUGUGUUGAGAUGUAGCGGUUGAGCUCUACAACAGCGCGUGUCAGUUCAACUCGCGUCCUUAUAUACUUGUGUUGCAGCGCUAGGAAUUUACUACAAGCAUAUUGUGUGUCUGACUGCCAAGUGCGAUCUGUCAACAUGUCUUGGAUCUGUUUCCUGACCGUGCUGGUGUGUUGUCAAGUCAUGGUGAAGUCUGCUUGUGAUAAAGAUGAAUAUGACUUAAAUGGACAACAGUGUUGUACCAGAUGUCCGGCAGGGUUUGGGGUUACCCGUCAGUGUACUGUAGGGAAUAACACCUCCUGUGAGCAGUGUGGAGAAGGAAGUACCUAUUCACCAAACACAAGUCACUCUAAGCCAUGUCUGAACUGCACCAAGUGCCCAAAGGACGCAACUGUGAAGGCACCAUGCAAUACUACACAUGACACUGUGUGCGAAUGUGCACCAGAGUAUUUCUUUUCUGUGGACACUGGAGAGUGUAAGGCUUGUGAAAUUUGCCCAGGAGGCUGGGGAAUCUCUGUGCAGUGCAGUUAUAAUCAGAAUUCUGUGUGUGACUCUUGUCCAAAUGGAACAUUUGCUCGUGAAAUCAGUUUCACAGAAAAAUGUCAACCAUGCACAGUAUGCGCCAGUGACCAGAAGAUGCUGCAGACAUGCUCACCAUCCCAGGAUACUAUAUGUUUAAGUGUACCUAUCUACAGCACAAACCCAGGGGGUAAAUAUCACAUCCCCAAUGAACACACCAUCCAGAAAGAACACAAGCCUCGAGAAAAGGAUAUUGACAUCAUUCCCUUAUAUUGUGCAAUUCUUGGAGCUGUCGUGGUUGGACUUCUGGUCGUUAUCCUUGUUCACUAUCGCAGAAUGAAGGAAAAGCGUCUUGUACGAGAGCCUCAUGAGGAUGUUGAGUACUCUAAAGCUUCAGGUGGAGACAGUGGGAUUUAUGUGGAGGUUGAGCAUCAGCAAAAGGGAACUAAUUGUGCCAUUGUCACAUGUGCAACAAGGAUACGAGACCUGCCACAAGCUAAGAAAAGGGAGCUGGAACGAUGCUUCUCUCAGAGUGCAUGUCAAACAGAAUGGAGAGGGCUUGCAAAGGAAAUAGGAUUCAACAGUAGAAAAAUAUCUGGCUUUGAAUCCAAGUCCAAGCAAGAUUCUGUUAUUCCAAUGCGACACAUGAUUCAAGAAUGGAGCAAGAGUGACACAGCGACAGUGGGAGUUUUGAUCCAAGCGCUGAAAAAUAUUGGUCGUCUUGAUGUGUUACGAAGCAUGCACAUCGCGGAUUCCACUGAACUCCAACCGUUGAAUAUGAACAAUCCUCAGCAUUUUGUGUUAUAGCUGGAAACAUGGGGGAUGUUUGCAAUAUCACCAAGAUCUCUUCUGGACCUGUGCUGCUUGGACAUUUUGUCAGUUCAAAGGAGAUCAGUUCAUAACAGAUAACAAUGACAGUUGAAUUGUUGUGUUAUAGAUUCCUCACACUGAGCAAAAAUAAUUUAUUUCUAUUUGAGACAGUAGUUCUAUAAGUGAUGCUGCUCAUUAACAGGUGUCCCUUUACCAGCACUUGUUUUUUCAAUUAUGGUGUGGUUUUCUUACCCUGGUGAAAACUUUUGAUACCAUUUUUCAGUGUUAUUUGAAAAACAUUUUCAGUCCAUAGCAUGUUUUAUAAGAGUAAAUGUUAACAAAAUUCACAUGGUCAUUUUGAUAUAUGUGAACUGAUAUUGACAUUCUCUGAUAUGAACUGAUCUACUGUGAAGAUAAUGUAUUCAUAUAUGUGAUAUCUUACCACUGGAAUAUAAUUCCAUUAUAUGACAUUUGUUGUGCUGAAUACAAGGUGGGCUCGCACAUGACAGUGAGAGAAGACACCUGCUUGUCUGAUUGAAAAUCUUGUCAAGGACGUACAAGACUGAAUGGAACAACGUUGUGAUAAUAGAAUUAUACAGUGACAGCUGAAAUACGAUGUAUAUAUAUGUAUAUCACUGUCGUUAUGUCUUCAUGUAAUAACAUAGUUAUCUCGUGUUGACAAAAAAAAGUUGCCUUUAAAAGGACAUUUUCACAUUUCAGCAUAUGGCACCAACGUCUUGAAUUACAGAACUUUGUGACUUGCAUUCUUUGGAUUAAUGUGAAUGUUACAUGAAUCUCAUCAUUGUGAUGGCAUUUUUCGUCAAGACUUUGUGAUAUAGCGACAUUGAGAUUGAUGUAAAUAUUUCAAAACAUUUCUGUGUGGGAAUAUUGUCAUUGCUUAUGAUGUCAUUUUGACAUGCAUGGGUACUUAAUGACGUCAUAUUCUUUGCGAUGUCUGUAUAAAUAUGGCAAUGUGCCACCAUUUGAUGAAAAUGAGGUUUGAUAUAUAUGAUAUCCAUACAUGUGAUAAGAACAGACAUUCUACCUUUUCAUCUCCUCUUUACUGUUACCAGAACAGGGUGCAGUCUUUCAUUCCUCCAUUCCAUCUUCACAUUUACUGGUACCAAGAGAAUUUCAAAUUUGUGAAUCUGUGUGCCUUUAAAAAUUAUCUUAUUGUUCAAAAGAUACAAUCGACAUUAUUCUUUUACCUUUGAUUUUGUAGAGGACAUUGUGAUUGUAAACUAAUCACAAGAUAGAAUUCAGUGCAUAAGAUUUGGAGAUUAUGUUCAUGUACUUUUGGUACCUUCAUCUCAGAAACAAGGCUGCAUAUUUUCAUCUGAUAUAGAGUAAAAGUCUGCCAGUGGUGUCUUCCUGUGACAUUAAAUAAUUGUUUGUACCUUGCCGUCUCGUUGGUCACUGUCUGUGUAUACUAUAUGUCUUUAUCCAAGUCACUUUGAUGUCGAGACACAUGUAUGGACAUGAUAAGAUAUCAGAUCAUUACCAAGACAUAAUCAGUUUUAACAACACAAGGGUAUUUCUUGUUAUGCAGCACACUUUAUUCAAAGUCAGAGGUACUCUGGAGAGCAUUCAUCCAAAGUGACCAUCCAGUUCAGAUGUGGCUAAAUAUCUUCAUGCUCAUGGCAAAAUACAAUUUUGUUCAUUUCUCUGUUUUCUCAGGUGGCCUAAAAUAUUCAAUUGGAUUCAAAUCAAAGUUGGUAUGGGAACGAAGACAGGUUGUAAAUAGCUGUCUGUUUCAAGAUCAAAGGCUGUGUUAUAUGCUCAAUGAUUGGUUUAUACUCAAGGGUUCAGUAAUCAAAUCUGCAGCAAUUUGUAUCUUUAAUUUCUCUCAGGUACUGUGUCAUGAGACACAAAAAUGAAAUAACAAGAAAGUGAAAUGAAAAUGUAAUGACCAUUGCAAGCGGAGUGCCUGAAUGAAAGUGUUUUUAGCUAAGGUUGUUCCUUAGCAGUUAUUUAAAAUGUCAGUGUGUUUAGACCUAUAGCACAGUUGUUAUUCAAACUGACCUGGAUCAGAUGUCAGUUGUGUCAUAAACACAAAUGUAUCUUAUCUAAUGAAUCAAAUCCUUUCAUAUUUGUUUCAAGCAUUUAUCACUAUUUUGAGAAUGUGUUCACCAAGAUACCCUAAACUGGACAUCAUGACAUUGUUUAUAGUGACUCAUUGUAUUACACCAUUUUUCAGAAGGAAUAUUUAUGUAUUUGAUUACUAUAAUGGAUUGUAUGAGAUAAUAAAAUCCUCAUCAUAAGUA